UUUUUCUCCACUCUGACGAGCUCGGCAGAGAUGAAGACCGAAGAGCAGGCGUCGCUGCUGCGGAGAGACUCCGCGGCGUCUCCCGCCGGCGUGGCGGCCGUGCCGCGGCGCUCCUGGCGGCAGCUGCUGAUGAACGGGUCGAUCCUGCUCGGGCGGGAGUUCUGCUACGCUCUGGAGGCCGCCCUCGUGCUGCCCGUUCUCAUGACCAUCGGCAUGCCCAGGGAGAUGUACAGCAUCGUGUGGCUGAUCGCACCAGUGUUCGGGUUUAUCUUCGUGCCUCUGCUCGGCUCGGUGAGCGACCACUGCCGCUGCCGGUGGGGCCGCCGCCGCCCCUUCAUCCUGGCGUUCGGGAUCGCCAUUAUUCUGGGCUUUGCGCUCUUUCUGAACGGCGACGCUGUUGUACACGUUAUUGUUGGAGACCACAGCCGUAGCCGCCAGAAAGCAGACCGGGAAAACGCGCAUACCGCAACCCUGGCCGUCAGCAUGUUCGGCGCCAUCUUGUUCGACUUCGCCGCAGACUUCAUCGAGAGUCCGAUCAAGGCUUACCUGCUGGACAACUGUGUGGAGAGGGACCGCAGGCGGGGUCUGGACAUGCAGGGGGUCCUGUCAGGUUUGGGAGGCUUUCUUGGCUACGCCACAGGAGCGAUCGACUGGACCAAACUUGGUUUCCUACCAGGUUCUGAAUAUCACGCGAUAUUUGUUAUUCUGUGUGUUAUCUUCUCCGCCUGCCUCGUGCUCAACCUCUGCAGUAUACCGGAGGUGCCGCUAGGUGCGCUGCAAGUCGGUCCUCAGAAAGGUGCGAGGAGGCAGUCAGUGGGACCGGGAGAACAUGCACUGAAGAAAGACCCCCUAACCGUCAUCGCAGUGGAUCCUAAAUACGGCGUGAUGUACAUGAGCGACGACCCGGCUGUUCUCUCGUGUGAGAAAGGCUUGCAGAAGGUGUUAGUGUCGUCCCUGCAUGGCGGCGGGGACCCUUCUGAUGAAGACUUCGGUAGCGCUUCACAAGACACAGACAACCGGGACACACCGGCUACCGAGCUGGCCCAGCGGCUGUCCAUCACCGCCUACUUCAGAUCGAUCCUCCGGAUGCCCAAGGAACUGGCCUGCCUGUGCGUGUCCCACUUCCUCGGCUGGGCGAGCUUCCUGUCCGUCAUGUUGUUCUUCACCGACUUCAUGGGCCGGGGGGUGUACAAGGGGAACCCGAGCGCCCCGGUGGACAGUCCUGACAGGGUCCUGUACGAACAGGGCGUGAUGAUCGGCUGCUGGGGGCUCACCAUCAACGCAGCCUCGUGUGCUCUCUACUCAAUGUCUUUGGAGCGGAUCCUUACCCACCUGUCGUACCGGACCAUGUACAUCUUCGGGUACUUGGCGUUCGGCGCAGGGAUCGGCAGUAUGGCCAUCAUCGCCCAGCUGACGGAGGUGCGCUGGGAGAUCAUCUUCCUGUGUCCGGUCAUGGGGAUUAUGUACGGCACCCUCAACAACAUCCCCUACAAACUCAUCUCACGGUACCACACACGGGACAAGUACAUCCGUACCGGCGUGGACGGGUCGGAGCGCCGCGGCAUGGGGAUCGACUGCGCGCUGGUGUCCUUCCAAAACCAGCUGUCUCAGAUCGUCAUCGGCGCCAGUAUGGGCUCCAUCGUGGCCGCCGUGGGCAGCGUCAUCUCCGUGACGGUGUGCUCCAGCGUGCUGGCCUUCACCGCCUGCAUCGCCGCAGCCUUACUGGUGCACUACGACGUCGACGGCCGAGAGGACACACUAAACUACGUGUAACAAGUUUGAACUGCACUUUCCAACACAACAAAUUGGACUCACCCAAAUUUUCGACCGUACAACUCCAGUCUUUGUCAAGAAA